AUGAAGAAAUAUCACCUUAGCGACUGUAAUAAUGGUUCUUCCAAUUCAAAUGAAAAUGAAGAGGAAGGUAGCGACUGCAACAAUGGCUCUCCCAAUUCAAAUAAAAUAAAGAGGAAGGCGCUUGUAUAUGAUAUUCUUAAGGAUAUUAUUUCAGCAUUUCAAGCUGAAAAGAAUGAUCGAGUUUUACAUGAAAUCUUUGACGAGAUAGACGAUUAUAUUACGAAUGAAAUUCAUAAUUAUCUUACGGACUUCUUUAAUACUGACUCAAUUUGUGAAGAAGAUUCUGAACAGUUAAAAGAUACGAAAGGACUAUUAAAGGAUACAUUUGGAAGAUUUAUAAAGGCCUUCUCUUUAGGUUCACUAAACCCGUUAAGAAAUAUUUCAACCUUAGAGAGACCACAUUUAAGCCAAUUUGUUCAUCCACUAAUUGAUAGCUCUUUGUGGAUUUUUGCAGGAAUAAAUUAUAUAUCAUGA